AUGGCAGCCAUUCCACUUAACGAGCUGGAGGAAUUGCUCGCAUUACUCGAUGGUGUGCAAAAAACGAGAUACCUCGCUCUUGCAUCUGCAGUGCUCCUAGGAUAUGACUACUUCUUGACGCUUUCCCAGGAGAUUCAAUACUUCUGGACCGGUCCGUGGUCCGCUUCCCGCGUAUUAUUCUUAUUUAAUCGCUACUUCUCACAAUUUGUCAUGAUGUGGAGCCUCCUCCUGCUCUUUGUACCCCACCUGACAGCUGAGAUCUCACUGCGAUACUUGCAGUUCUGCUCGAAGGCUAUUCCGGCUGUCUUCAUCAUGGGAUACAUCGGCAUCGCUGUCGUCCAAGCCAUCAUCGUCCUCCGAAUCUGGUACAUGUUCUCCAACCGCCCGAUCGCCCGCUCGUUUAUCCUCGCCUUCUUCCUCGCCACCCUCAUCACGACUAUUGUGCUAUUCAAGACUAUCUAUGCAGACUUUCGGCAGGUUUCUCCCCCUGUGCCUGGUAUCAGCAACCCGGGAUGCUCAGCUCCGCCUUCGUACCGCGUCUGGCGAAUAUAUCUCCCAAACCUUAUCUUACAUACCGUACUAUAUCUUGCUACUACAUGGCCUGCGUUUUGGAUGCGCCGGCACGGGACACGUUCCCCGCUCAUGAACCGUCUUCUCAAAGAUGGCGGUAUAUUCUAUGUACCUGUGUUCGCCUCGGCAGCGUUCACGACUAUUGGUGCUUUGCAACACGACCCUUCGGUCAUGAUCCCGGCGCUAUACGCCAACUUCCUCCUCUCCGUCUCGUCCGUCUCCGUCUCCCGCCUGAUGCUCAGCAUACGCUCGCUGGCCGCCUUCCUCGAGAUCGACUCCGAUCUGCUGCUCAGCGACGCCGAGCUCAGCCGCGUGCAGUGGCGCACCGGGCACCGCGCGGGCGAACUCAUCGUCGAGAUCGAGGCCGUAGAGGCGUUCGACGACGAGGUGCUGGUCGUCGACGCGAACUACAGCAUGCACGUGCGCACGCAUACGCCAGUCCUACACGCCACACGCGUCGGCGUGUACGAGGACGAGAAGAUGCCGGGCGCGGACAAAGUGAGCAGGGUGGCGUGGCCAACGCAGGUAGAAUCGAAGACAGGUGAGGUCUCUAAGGCGCCCCAGCUCAUCGUUGACGCGGGUCAACCAUUUCAUCUUUCGUAUGAUUUUCGCAAUCUUGAUGUUUGA